GUCUAUUCUUCUCAGGGUCCUGGUACCUGGUACCUGGUAUUUGAGCCUCGGGGAGAACAAACCCCCUCCCCUCCCCCUCAGAAACCACAAGAGCCGUCUCAUGUACCUUGGGAGACUAUAAUCCGGGCACGAGCCGUGGCAUCUCAGCCGGUUGGACUUUCUCAAUACACUCUCCCACAUCACGCGUCGCUGGAAUCCGUUCUUGCUAACCGGGCAUCUGUUGUUCUGUCUCUGAAGCGGCCGUGUAUCUCCCGUUCAAGACUCCGGAAAUAGCAAAACAAGCCGAAUCGCGCAACCAUGGCAUCACGCAGGUCGAGGUCUCCAUCGACCCCUUCUGAGGGUGAGAUCAUCGAAUCAGGCUCAGAGACGAAGGCAACUACGUCGCAACUUCCUCUUAAUGGCACCAGCGUUGACCGUCCCACCAGAGCUAGUACUUCAUCCGCGCCCCGGUCUCCAGCUUCGUUGAGCAGAUCGCCUCGCCACCGGAGAUCGAGAUCGAGGACAAGGACCAGGUCGACAUCCCGCACGCGGUCCCGCUCUCCCUACCGCGACCACAGAGACAGAGGCUACAAGCGUCGCCGGGACGAUGACUAUGACUAUGACCGUGAACGUGAACGCGACCGCGACCGCGACCGCGAAUAUAAUUAUGACCAUGACGACCGGCAAUACCGACACGACCCACCACCACCGCCCCGGCGCGUCGCGUCCCGAUACGAUGACAAUACCCGCUACUCCGGGCGAGGAGGCCAGCCCAACAGACGGCCCUACUACGACUAUGAUCGCGAGGAGCACUACGGCGAUGGCCUCCGGUACAGUGACGACUCCGAUCGCCGCAGGGAGAAACGCGCUCGCACCCGGAGCCGCUCGCCGUAUCGCGAAGUCCGCAAGCCCAAGCAGUAUUCGGGGGAUGAGUGGGAGGCUCAGAAAGAUGAGAGCGCCGCCUCGCGGAAUCGCAGGCGGAGGCCUUCUAUUGAACAGUCAGUGAGCGAGCGAGGGAAUACUCUAGUCGUCGCUCCACGUGUUAAACAAGAUGCUGAAACUCAGAAACCUCAGGUGCAGCACGCUUCUGAAGCCUCUAAUCCCCGUCUUGAUAGUGUGAAUGAACCAGUAGCCGAGACACCGGUGGAACAACCACCCGUCGACGAGGCAGCUGAAUUAGAGGCUCGUCGUAAACGACGUGAAGCCAUCCGCGCGAAGUACCGAGGCCAAGCCACCCCAUUGCGCGUCCAAGCGCUUCACACCGCUAGUAGCAGGGAUUCGUCUACCCCCGGCGCAGAUGCAGCUGUAUCCACUAUGUCAGAUGCAGCGCCGGUCUCAGCUCCUCAGACACCUGUAGAUAGUCCAGGGGAGUCAUUCCCCGACUUUAAGGUUGCACAGGAUUCUGAUUUAAUGAAUGACACACCGAUGAACGGUGUGGACAAAGACGAACCUUCUGCAGCCGACUAUGAUCCCACCUUGGACAUGAAGGCGGAGAGGGAGAAGCACGGCUCGGGCGGUUCGAAUGAGGUCUCCGCGGCAUCUUACGAUGAGACGCAGACCACGAAGCAGGAUGUUCUGCUCCCCGACGCUGUCCAACCGGCAGCCCCGCCCAAGGCGACGGAUCCAUAUGAUAUGUUUGCCGACGACGACGAUGACAUGUUCGCUGAAGAGACGCAGGAGACAGCACACCCGACGCACGCUUCGGCCAGGUCGGCUGUCCCCCAGGCGAAGGAGCUUGACAUCAGCAUGAUGGACAACUGGGAUGACCCGGAAGGGUACUACAAUGUCCGGCUUGGUGAGUUGAUUAACGGGCGAUACCACGUGCAGCAGAACCUCGGGAAGGGCAUGUUUUCAUCGGUGGUGCGCGCCACAGACUCCAAGACGGGCGGGUUGGUUGCGAUCAAGAUCAUCCGCCAGAACGACACGAUGAAGAAGGCGGGUAUGAAGGAGAUUGGCAUCUUGGAGCAACUCCACGAAGCCGAUCCGGAGGACAAGAAGCACGUCAUCAAGUUUGAGCGACACUUCGACCACAAGGGGCACCUGUGCAUGGUGUUUGAGAACCUCAGCAUGAACCUGCGCGAGGUGCUGAAGAAAUUCGGCCGCGACGUCGGCCUGAACCUGCGGGCGAUCCGGGCCUACGCUCAGCAGAUCUUCCUGGGGCUCAGCCUGAUGCGGAAAUGCAACAUCCUCCAUGCGGACCUGAAGCCGGACAACCUGCUGGUCAACGAGCAACGCAACAUCCUCAAGGUGUGCGACCUGGGGUCGGCGUCUCCGGCGACGGAGAACGAGAUCACGCCGUAUCUCGUCAGUCGGUUCUACCGGGCGCCGGAGAUCGUGCUGGGGAUCCCGUACGACCACGCGAUCGACGUGUGGUCCAUCGGGUGCACGCUGUUUGAGCUGUACACGGGCAAGAUACUGUUUACGGGUCGCAACAACAACGGCAUGCUACGAUCGAUCAUGGAGUGCCGGGGCAAAUACCCGCCGAAGCUCCUGCGGCGGGGAUCGCUGACGCAUAUGCACUUCGAUGACAUGCUGAACUUCCUCAGCCUGGAGGAGGACAAGAUCACCGGCCGGCCGGUCACGCGGGUGCUGGACUUCAAGAAGCCGAAGCGGGAUCUGAAGACGCGGCUGAUGGGCGGCAAGGAAACACGAGGCAUGACGGACAGUGAGGCAAGGGAGCUGGCUUCGUUUGUGGAUCUGUUGGACCGCUGCCUGAGCCUGAACCCGGAGAAACGCUGCACGCCCGCCGAGGCGUUGAAGCAUCCCUUCCUGGCUUCCCGUCCCAAGGCGUAAGUAAUAUCUCAUCCAUCCUUCCAUCCCUUUUUCUUCAUUUUUUUUUCGGCCCUGUUGUUGUACAUAUUAUGUCAUAGUAGCACGGCAAUUCCCC